GAAGAGUGAGACCCCGUGGAGGGCAUCCAAGUUGAAGACCUUGCUCGAAGCCCACGGACCUGAGUGGCCGGCCGGAAACCUUCCGGAAAGGCUGGAGGCGGUGGAGCUCGGGGCUCAGGGCUCGGACGGGUUUUCUCCUCUGCAUUGGGAGGGCCGUGGAACACCUUCUCCCGCCCAUGAGAAAACUUUCCGAGUCCGGGUCCUGGCCUGCCUGGCACCGCUGUGCCCUACAACGGAGAACCCUUCUGGGCGCUGGGACCCUGCGAGUCCAGGGAAAAUGCGCGGUUUGCUGACCCGCGGUGCACGCCCCCAGCAGUGGGCAGGGUUCCCGGAAUCAACCCUGGCUCGACAGUUAAUCCAUUUCGUUAGCACUAGGGAGCCUGCCCGCAGGUCAUUUUACUGAUUAGAGGGGAAGAGAUGUCUGGCCAGAGAUUAAUUUCUAACAGAACAUCCCAGCAAUCUGCACCUAAUUCUGAUUACACCUGGGAAUAUGAAUAUUAUGAGAUUGGACCAGUUUCUUUUGAAGGACUGAAGGCUCAUAAAUAUUCCAUUGUGAUUGGAUUUUGGGUUGGUCUGGCUGUCUUCGUGAUUUUCAUGUUUUUUGUGCUGACUUUGUUGACCAAGACAGGAGCGCCACACCAGGACAAUGCAGAAUCUUCAGAGAAGAGAUUCAGAAUGAAUAGCUUUGUGUCAGACUUUGGAAGACCACUGGAGCCAGAUAAGGUGUUUUCUCGACGGGGCAAUGAGGAAUCCAGGUCUCUCUUUCAUUGCUACAUCAAUGAAAUGGAACACUUGGAUAAGGCUAAAGCUUGUCAACAGACCACAGCCCUUAACAGCAGUGUUCAACUCCAGGAAGCCAUUAGAAGCAAUGGGCGGCCAGAGGAGGAGCUGAACAGGCUCAUGAAGUUUGACAUCCCCAACUUUGUGAACACAGAUCAGAACUCCUCCUUUGGAGAGGAUGAUCUUCUGAUUUCAGAGCCACCUAUUGUUCUAGAAAAUAAGCCAGUUUCCCAGACCUCACACAAAGACCUGGACUGAGAAACUACUCUGUAAAGUGUCUUCCUGAAGAUGUUGGGUGUGUCUUUGUAAAGCAAGAAAUCUCCAUUCACCAGAAUUGUUUGUGUGGUGAGGGGGAGGGUUAUGAGAGACAGAGACAGGAAGAGAGAAGAGAACCGAAUAAGCUCAGAAAAGAACUGAAUAAGCUCAGUUUCUGUGCCUUUUAACACAGUUCAGGCUUCUUGGGGAAAAAAAGUUUACACAGUCUCAUCCUCCUUGUUGAAGAAUUUGACCACAUACUCUGUGUCAAUGUUUUUGAGUGGCGGUUAGCAUACUGCAUUCCAGUCUGGUCCUGCUACUACCAUGCUUUACCUUUAGCAAGUUGCUUUACCUCUCUGGGCUGCCACGUGGUUAACUGUAAUGUGAGGAAUCUGGAGUAGGUGAUUCAUCCCAGCUCGAAUAUUUUGUGAAUUUGAGACUUUGUAUCCAGAAGAGGCUGCAGUGUUCAUAAAGCAGUGUAAGCUAGGGGACUGCCUCCUAUCUCUUGUAGGAUCCCCCAUGUCUGUCCCUUCCACACAACCCUUAACUGAAUCCAACUUUUAUCAGGGGGCUAAGCCUCUGUGGGGAUGUCAGAAGAUUCAUCUCAGUCACUGUGGCCAAUAUUUCUGUUGGGUGUACUGAAUUAGCUCUUCUGAGACCCUCUGGCCACCCAUGCUAAACCCUACAGACGACAGCCUUGCCUCUCCUCUCCUGGAGUGAGUACCGAUCCAUAGUACAUUGCAUGACAUUCCUGUCCCCAGAAAUGUAGUGAAGGUUGUCAGCUGAGGUGGUAAAUGGGUUGUAAAUUCCCCAGCAACAGAUACGCAGAGUAACUGGAUGUGACACAGAGUUAGUUUCAUGAAGGAAUCCAAUCUGCACGCUGGUAUUGGGGAAAAACUUGGUUUUGCAUACAUGGUUGCAUGCACAGCCAGCUGCUAAUCUCUGGGUGGCAUUUUUAUUAUGAAUUUGCUCACCACCUGUCUUGCUUAAGCUAAAAAAUAAAUGCAUUUGAUUGCA